AUAGUAAAUGUAGAAUCGGUUAUAUAAAAUUUAUAGUUAUUGGAUACUUUUUAAAUGAUUAAAAUCGGGAUAAAGGAUAAUCUAGAACGGCGCCGGUAACGUGUAGAACGGUUUGUUUGAGGUGAAAAAAUCAGUUUAAAUAUUAAAUAAAUUAAUUAAAUUAUUAAAGGACAUCAACAUGUACAUGGUUGUGUAUAACUAGAAGAAUUAUUCAUAAAGAUAUGUUAACUAUUUAAGCACCUAAUCACUCUGCGCGUUAUUUAAAGUACGCUCUUAGUUGUCAAAACGAAUGUAGAUAAGUAUCGCUUUGUUGGGGCUAAAAAAUAAAUAUAAAUAUAUAUAAAUUUUAGAGUUAUUGAUAUAAAUAUAAAGUUUUCUCGAAGAUAUCGAAAUAGAGUUUACAUUUCCAUUUAAAAUAUUAUAGAAGAUAAUUUUAAGAAAAGCAGAGAAGUGAGGCCAUGGUAGAAGAUAAAUGACUUUUUAACUGCUGGCUUUUGGAGUUAAUUGGCUAAGUGCCACCGAAAAUCAACUUUCCGCUUCAUUUAAAAGCCGAACAUCUUUAAAACUAUAACUGCCAAUCAGUAGGACGCAGUGCGGUGGUUCUGUAUCGGGACAUUGUUGUUUGGAAAAACACUGUUAUGGGCCGUCCCCGUCUAUAAAACACCCUAGAUACCAAAGUAACAAUCGAUCCAUUUGCGUGUUCACAAUACCCCCUUUGCCCAAAUGUAAAUGAUGGUUAUAUGGCGUGUAGCCACAUUUGGCAUACUGUAACCUUCAGCUAUAGUUACGGAUUUCCUAGAAUUAACUGAAAAUUCGGUUACGUAUAUGAAAAUUUUCCUUUUUUUUUUUUUUCUUCUGUGAGGUGAGAAAAGCGUUCGUUAUCCGACUAUGUAGUCGGAUGUAAGUAGGUUCCUCCUAAACAUUGUAUGCGACAAAAACCUACCUCAAUUAUUCCAAGAUCAAGCCCUAGGCAAAAGAUAGAAAAAAAAAGUCGUCAGCCAUAGCUUCUACGUCCUACCCAAUUGGAUACUGCUCAUGUAGAACAGAGCAGUGUCUACAAAUAUGUUGAACGGACCGUGUUCUCUGUCAGAGCGCAGCCGCGCCUUUAAUGACGCUGCACGUCGGCAAGGAUUGCCCUGUUUCUCUCAUGCAGUCGUGUGUGGAACUACACCAAACUCCUGUACAGUUUCGCCGUAACUUACAGGAAAGUAGUGAGACACCUGUAUCUACUAAUUGCACUACUUGUGAUCCCUAUGGUUUUUUUCCAUCUAAACAAUCUUUCUCCAGAUUACGGAGCUUUGGUGGAUCGCCAAAUAUGUAUUCGAAACCUGCGUUGGUUUGGUCGCCCGCACCUGACCCACAUGGAAAGAGUUCUGGUAAUACAUCAUCAACUCGACCCGGUUCACCGUCUUCAGGUUUAGUACAUUGGAUGUCCAUGAUGGCAGACCAUAACCAUGAUGUACAUUAUAUGUGGAACGGAGUGGAGACAAAGAUGAACACUUCUGAUCAACAUGCCACUCCGCCUCUACAAAAAGGUCCAGUAUCUGGUCUGGACGAUAAUCGAGCAAGCAGUAUCGAGCCUUCACAGAUUCAUGGCAUCUAUGGCAAUCAUGGUAACAGGACCAGUAGCAGUGGGAGUCCUCCAGUAUCGACGCCAUCUUCGAGUGGUUCCAUGGUAGUUAUACCACAGCCCAUAAAUGCUAUAGCGAAAGGUCCAGCAUUGGGUUCUGCAAGCACCAAUGGCACCGGUAGGAAAUAUCAGUGCAAAAUGUGCCCACAGAUUUUCAUGCAUAAGUCGGCCAUGCAGCAUCACGCUCGUGAAGUUCAUCGCGGAGAUCUGAAACCGCAUCAAUGUCAACAAUGUCUGAAGUCUUUUUCUUCUAACCAUCAGCUUACUCAACACAUCCGAAUCCACACAGGAGAGAAACCGUACAAAUGUUCAUAUUGCGAUCGACGAUUUAAGCAAUUGUCACAUGUUCAACAGCACACAAGGCUUCAUACAGGUGAAAGACCCUACAAAUGUCACCUGCCGGAUUGCGGUCGAGCAUUUAUUCAACUUUCAAAUCUUCAGCAACAUCUUCGCAAUCACGACAGCCAAAUGGAACGUGCCAAGAACCGACCUUUCCAUUGCAAUAUUUGUGGAAAGGGAUUUGCAUCUGAAAGCAGUCUCAGAACUCAUCGGUCUAAGCAACACGCAGCAUUGAUUGGAGGAGCAAACUCACAGUCCUGUCCUGUAUGUCACAAAAUCUGCCUGAAUGGAGAGGCUUUGAUGGAACACAUGCGAUCGACACAUAAGGAUCCGAAUGCAUCGGGGACACCAAAUAAAAGAAGAACCACGAACCAUCCUUGUCCAGUAUGUGGGAAGACAUAUGUUAACGAAGGUUCUCUCCGAAAACACAUCACAAGCCAUCCAGAGGCAGCUUCUGUCACUUCAUCCCUAAGAAUGUGGCCCUGUACUGUAUGCCAAAGUGUCUUUACCCACGAAACUGGUUUGCUCCAUCACAUGGAGCAUAUGAGAAUGGAUCCAAAGCACCAAUUUGCAGCACAGUACGUUCUUAGCAGAGCUGCUGCGGAAAGACGAGAAAAAGAAGCAACUUGUACCAUACCUGCCACGCCUUCUGGUUCUGGAAUUGUUAUGAGUAGGAGUAACGGAAACAUGGAAACUGGCAGAACAGCCCUCGACAGUCACUCCAUCUGUCCUGGUCAUCCACUAGUUUUAACAUCCCAACAACAUCCUCAAUAAUGGGGAUUUUUGGGUUCGAAUGAUACUUUAAAAGAAAGAUAACUAGUUAUUCUAGAUAAGAGGACUAGUUUGCAAAAAAAAAAAUAUCUGAAGAAUUAUCCUUCAUUUCUGUGAUACUGAAAAAUUUGUUCAUUAGUCAGAUAGUUCUGUUUGUUAAAAAAAAAAAAAAAAUGUUAAUCAUAGAAUACUUGUACCUUGAAAUGCACAUCGGUUGGAAAAGCGAAUUUUUCCACAAAAAAAAAGGGAAUUUUGUUUAAGUGUAUGUAUGGUCUUAUCAAAUAACCGACAACCAACAGCACUCUAAAAAAAUUUUUCGAUGGCAGCUUCAGUUCUAAAAGCUUUUCUUCUUGUUUCGGUUGUGAUUCGAAUCGUUACCAUUCCAGUUAUAACAAUAACAAACUACUGCUUUUUGUCUUUCAAACCAAAAAAACCAAACAAAAAAAAUUAUAUAUAUAUAUACAUACAAACUAAUAAUAAUUUUUUAGAUCAAAUUUCUCAUUUUAUCAUCAAAAAAACCAAAAAAAUAUACUUAAAAAAACUCAAAAAACUAAAUACUCCAUCAAUUGUAUAUAGCUUGAAUAUUUUAUUUUUCUGCCUAGAUGCUAUAGAAAACAAGUUCCUAUUUUGUUUAAUAUUUUAAAUUAUUGCUUUUACAAUUAUUUUUUAGUGCAAAGUUAUUUAUAUAUUUGUGAUAUCUUUGAAAAAAAAAGAAAACACUAAUUAAAAAAAAAUCAACUAUUUUUCUCUGGUAAAAUAUUAUUAUUAUUAUUUUAAUUCUGCAAUUAAUUUUAGAGUAUAUAAGAGUGAAACAAAUCCUUUUGUUUCUUCUUAGCUUUUAUAUAUAUUUAUUAUUAUAACUAGCGCAUUUAUAUAUAUAUAUAUAUAUAUAUAUUGAUCUCAAUUAUUGCAUGCGUGCUAAGCAAAUUUUUCCGAAUUUUGUUAUAAAUAAUUAAAUAAAAAAAACAAAAAACAUCCCCUUCAGAUAAAGGAAAAAAUUUUAUUACUAAAUCAAAUGAGACGGCAAUCACUUGUGUACAAACAAUAAUAAUCUUCAUUUGUUUGUUUGUAUGUGCAUCUGUAGCCUUAGAAUAACACAUUCCAUCUUAAUACUUCUUAUAUAAGUCAGUUUAUACUGUUAAAAAGAAAGACAUACAUACAUAU